CAGUGUCUCUGUCCGCUGACCCGUGAGGCGUGAUGGCUGUGGGGAGCCGCGCCGCCGCCUGGCUCGCCGGCGCUGCCCGGCGUAUCGGUUCUGUACCCUGGCGGAACAUCUCUGCCGAGGCCGUCGAUCGCACCCUCCUCGUCGUCAAGGCCGCCUGCUUCGCCCACGUCAUCAACUCCUACGUCGUUAGCCUCGCACUCGUGAGAGGGCCGAGCAUGCUCCCCACGAUGAACCUCACCGGCGACAUCAUCGCCGUGGAUCGGGUCACCGCCCGGUGGGGCACCGUCGCCGUCGGGGACGUGGUGCUCCUCCGGUCGCCGGAGAACCCGCGGAAGACCGUCACCAAGCGGGUGCUGGGGCUCGAGGGCGACGCCGUUACCUACCUCGUGGACCCGCACAAGGGCGACGCGUCCAAGACUCUGGUGGUGCCCAAGGGGUACGUUUGGGUGCAGGGAGAUAACAUAUAUGAUUCCAGGGAUUCGAGGCAGUUUGGGCCGGUGCCGUAUGGGCUCAUCCAAGGGAGGGCUUUUUAUAGGGUUUGGCCACCAGAAGGUUUUGGAUUCAUUGGACAAAAGGUAUCUAUAUAAAGGUUACAUCCCUUUGACUAGAACUCAUUGUUCAAGGCCAGAGAUGCAAAAAGAUUGGGCCUGAAACAGGGAUUCCGUGAUCUCUGUUUGAUUAGUCCGAGCUCUAUCUUCAAUUGCAACAAAGUAAUUAAGACACAAGUUUUGCUGCCGCCAGUGGAGCCUUAACAACAAUUUUUGCAGUCGUAAAAGUUGUCCCCUUUUCUGUUUGUUCUUAUUGUUGAAUAAUGUACUCAGAGAUUGGCUUGCUUGUUACUGGCGGCAUUGCAUGUUUUUGGCCAGAGGCUCAUUCUGGAGAGGUUGGAGAUGAAUGUGACCUAUCAUGCAUGUGAAACUUAGCUGAUUUUAACUAUUGGAUUCGAUUAAUUGAAUUGUGUUGGGUUUAUUCCUGUUA